GUGUCUCAUUCAGUCAUGACGCUCAACAUGAGCUCAGUCGGUUGCGCCGCCUGCGCUACAUGCGCCUGCGCUUCGAGCACCUGCGUCGACUGCGCCUGCUCCGUCUACAUCGCCUGCGCAUGCGAUCUAGGCGGAAGGUAUAUUUCCGAACAUGUCCGGAUUGCCGAUCUCUUUCGUACAGUCGCAGCUGAUAUGGCGGCGGUGCUGAGAGGCCUGCAGGCUGUGAGGGUCCUGCGCGGUGUUUGCCGCGUUACUCUUUCUCCAGUUGGCGUUUCUGUGCACGAGUGCAGGAGUGCCCAACGAGGUGUCCACUGCUGUGGUCUUCUGUACUCAGAGAACAGCACCUCCGUGUCCUCCUCCACACACCAGCACCGCCAGGCUCAGGCACCUGAGCAGGAUCCAAGUAGCACGACGUCCGACCAAGUGGGUCCACAGCCCAACACCAGCUAUGCCAACCAGAAUGGGGAGCAGAGUGAGGAUUAUGAGACGGAGGACCAGCUGCAGGCGCGCGUUCUUAAUGCUGCACUGGAGUUUGUCCCACAGCACGGCUGGUCUGCGGAGGCCAUUGCUGCUGGCGCUGAGACCCUGGGCCUGAGCUCAGCCUCCAGUGAGAUAUUCCCCAACGGUGCUGGGGACCUGGUGCUUCACUUUGUCGUCAAGUGUAACAACCAGCUGGUCCAGAUCCUGGCUGAGCAGCACAAGCGGGUCCAGCUGGGUGAGGCAGAACCGAAGAAAACUGCGGAGUUCCUGCGGGAGGCCGUGGAGACCCGGCUGAGGAUGCUGGUCCCGUACAUCGACACGUGGCCUCAGGCAAUGAGCAUCCUGCUGCUUCCCCACAACAUCCCCGAGAGUCUGAAGCACCUCUCCACCUUGGUGGACGAUAUGUGGUACUAUGCUGGAGACCGCUCCACAGAUAUGAACUGGUACACUCGUCGGGCAACCCUGACUGGCAUCUACAACACGACAGAGCUCGUUAUGCUACAGGACACCUCUGUCGACUUCCAGGACACCUGGGCCUUCCUUGACAACCGUAUCCGAGACAUAGUCAACAUGGCCAACACAGCCAAACAGGUGCAGUCGACUGGGGAGGCUGUGGUGCAGGGGCUCGUGGGAGCUGCUGUCACGUUGAAGAACCUUACAGGGAUAAACCAAAAGCGGUGACCAGGGGUGACAGUCCUGCCCCUCUUGAGGAGUCAUCAGGGGCUCUGGACAACCCACUGUAUCCAGAAUCUCCCGCUAGCACCCUAUGCUGAUAGCUUAUGACUUUCAUGACUCUCCUAGUGCAGGCCUGAUGACUCUGAGUCUAUUAUUAUAAUUCAGCUUUUGUGUUCCUUUAAGAGUGAAUAUCAGGGCACAUGGCUUGGUGGGAUUCCAGUCACUAUGAUUCAUUGUUUGCCCCACAUAUUGAGCUCUCUGGGUCUCUCUGCGUAAGCUGUCUGUGUGUUUAUGCACUGAACUGUAACUUUUCUCUGAGGUGUUUCUUUUGCUCAUGCUCCAUGAAGAGUUUGACAAUAAAGUGUUUGCUUGGCCAUGAGCUAUAA